AUGAGGCUCCCAUUGCCUGUCCAGUGCUGGUUGGCCUGCCUGUUCGUCUGGAGAGUUGUCGCCGACAACAGCUCACAACCCAUAUUCAUCUUCCGAUCGAGGCCCGACCUUGUCGCGCCGAUUUUGAGCGUCUUCACCCGGGUUCCAGAGAAGCUGGCGCCAGGAUAUUACUUCGUGGCGCCGUAUCAGCAGAUCCAAGAAACCAUCCAUAUUUACGAUAAUGAAGCGAACCUGAUCUAUUCAGGGUUCGGAAAUGUCGGCCCAGGAAUCAUCCAUGCGCCGCAGACAUGCAUGUACAAAGGCGAAGCGCAUCUCUGCUUCUACCAAGGCGUGCAGAUGGCCGGAUGGGGCCACGGCCACGGCCUGAUCAUGGACAAACACUACCGCAUCGUGCAGUCGGUCGAGCCGGCUAGCUACCAGGCGUCGUCGGACAUGCAUGAAUUCAAGGUGAUCGACGAGGGCAAAUCGGCGGUGAUGACGCAAUACCUGCGCAGUGUCUACGAUCUGUGUCGCUGGAACCUGUGCGACGGGCUGGGCUACAUCCAGCAAGGGGCGUUCCAGGAAGUCGAGGUGGACACGGGCAAAGUGUUGUUUGAAUGGCGGAGUCUCGAGCACAUCGACCCCAGCGAAAGCUACGUCGGUCCCAGCACGACCGAAAUCAGCGGCAGCGGCGAACAGCCCGACAGCCCGUGGGACUACUUCCACAUCAACUCGAUCGACAAGAACGCGGACGGCGACUAUCUGAUAUCGGCGCGGCACGUCUCGGCCGUCUACAAGAUCUCCGGCGUCGACGGACACAUCAUGUGGCGGCUGAACGGGGCCAGGUCGGACUACCGGCUCGACGACUUUUCCUUCUCGUUCCAGCACGACGCGCGCUUCGUGUCGGACAACGCAACACACACGGUUAUCUCGGUCUUCGACAACGGGUCCAACGGCUUCAACACCACCCAGCCGUACUCGACCGGGCAGAUUAUCAGUCUGGACCACCAGACAAAAAUCGCGACCUGUCUCUUGAACCUGGCCCCGCCCAUGGUCGACGGCCACGCCCAUCUCGCCAAGUCGCAGGGGAACAUGCAGAUCCUGCCCAACGGCAACAUCGUCAUGGGAUGGGGCAACGACGCCUUCUGGACUGAAUACGCCGCCGACGACGACCACGAAGUCGUCUUCUACGGCGCCCUGGCCUGGACCAACGUCAUGAACUACCGCGUGCACAAGUUCGACAACUGGGUCGGCCUGCCGCUCACCAAGCCCGCGCUGUGGACCUACUCCAAACAGGGCGAGAAGAUGAAGCUGUAUGUUUCCUGGAACGGCGCGACUGAAGUCAAGUCGUGGCGGUUCUACGGCACCAACAACGACACGGCGGCGAAAAGCCUAAGUCAAAGCCAAAGCAAGAGUAAAGGCAGCAACAACGACAACGACUCGUGGGACUUACUUCACGGUGAUGACGCCGCGGUCCCCAAGACCGGGUUCGAGACUGUCUACGACCAUACACCCAUGUACCGAUACACGUAUGCAGAAGCGUUGGAUAAGAACGGACAAGUACUGGGUGCGUCGGCGGUUGAACGCACCUACGUCCCGAACGAGCAGAUGCGCGAAUACUGCGACGACCUGGCCUGUCGGUUCAUGCCGAACAGCGCAGAGCGCGAACACGAGAGACAGCAGCAGGCGGAGCAGCAGCGCGAGAAGGAGCGGCAGCAAGAGGAAGAGCGUCUGGAGCGGCAGCGGGCCAAGGCUCGCGCGAAGAAAAACGCAGAGAUCUAUGGCGGCACGUUUGGUGGUCUGGCCGUCCUGAUCAUCCUGGUCAUCGUGCUGGCCACGAGGAACUUUGUGUCUCGGCCCGUUCAUGUCCUGGCCCAGCGCGUCUGGAGUGUGCUCAGCUCGACAGUCGCUGGCGGCAAGGCCGGGCGAGGACGAGAUGCGGAUCUCGGUGUUGGUGUCGGUGCUGGAUACAAGGCUCUGGCGCCCGAUGAUCAGGAAGGGGAUCGCGCGCCUAUGAUUAAUGAUCCGUCGUGA